UCCUCUGCGCGCUGCUGCCGCGGCGCUUCACAUCGUCUCUGACAGCCUCGGCGCCGGUAAUCGCGACCCUCACUACCUCGAGCAGCCACCGCGGCCUCCAUCGCAGCCUGAAUCCGGUUCCUUGCCUCCGCGCCCACAUCCGGGGGCAGUCCGGCUCGCAGUCCCUGCGGAGGCCGCAUCUGGUACGCAUCUGGAACCGCCCGGCCGGCCGCGCUGGAGCCCGCGCCCAACCUGGCCCGGCCGCGCCGGGAGCCCUGCCCGGAGCUGGAGCCUCCCCUGGAACCGCGGGCCCGGGGCCCUGAGCUGCGCAGCCGGCGCAUGGUGAACUCGUUGCUGUUCGGAGAGAUGGCUUUGGCCUUUGGCUGUCCGCCGGGCGGCGGCGGCGGCGGCGGUGGCGGCGGCGGGGGCUGCCCCGGCGGUGGCGGCGGCGGCGGCGGCGGGGCCGGGCCAGGGCCAUCGCCGGUGACGGCGGCACUGCGGGACGACCUGGGCUCCAACAUCCAUCUCUUGAAGGGGCUCAAUGUGCGCUUCCGCUGUUUCCUGGCUAAGGUGCACGAGCUGGAGCGGCGCAACCGGCUGCUAGAGAAGCAGCUGGAGCAGCAGCAGAGCGAGCGCGAGCGUCGGCUGCGCUACAGGACAUUCACCCGUGAGCAGGCCGUGCAGACCGGGCCGGAUCUGCUACGGCCACCAGCGCCCGGCAGCGGGCAUGGCAUCGGCAGCGGCGCGGCGGCCGGCACCAAUGCCAAUGCCGUGGCCCUGGGCGGCCUGCCCCCGGGCGGCGGCUCUCACCCGCAGCUCUACGGCCGCCUGCCUGGGACCAUCUGGAGCUACACGCAGGUGCGGCGCACGGGCGGCGGCGGCGUGGAGACCGUGCAGGGCCCCGGCGUGUCGUGGGUGCAUCCCGACGGCGUGGGCGUGCAGAUCGAUACCAUCACGCCCGAGAUCCGCGCGCUCUACAACGUGCUGGCCAAGGUGAAGCGCGAGCGCGACGAGUACAAGCGGAGAUGGGAGGAGGAGCUGGCCAAGAACAUGAACCUGCAGACCGUGGUGGACACGCUGAAGGAGGCAGCACAGGAGGCGGAAGCCAUCCAGGAGGAGAUGAACGAGACGAUCGAGAGGCUGAAGGCCGAGCUGGUGGUGUUUAAGGGGCUCAUGAGUGAUCCCAUGACAGACCUGGACACAAAGAUCCAAGAAAAGGCCAUGAAGGUGGACAUGGACAUCUGCCGCCGAAUCGAUAUCACGGCCAAGCUGUGCGAUGUCGCACAGCAGCGGAACUCGGAAGACGUGUCCAAGAUCUUCCAGGUGGUCCCCAAGAAGAAAGAGCGUAAGGUGACUUCGGACGAUGACAUCUCGGAGCAGGACGGGGAGGUGAACCGGUUCCCAGACGAGGAGGUCGGCUCCAUGAACAUCACCGACGAGAUGAAACGCAUGUUUAACCAGCUGCGGGAGACUUUUGACUUCGACGACGACUGUGACAGCCUGACGUGGGAAGAGAACGAGGACACGCUGCUGCUCUGGGAGGACUUCACCAACUGCAACCCCUCCAUCGACCUGCAGGGCGAGCAAGAGGAAAACUUGGGCAACUUGAUCCACGAGACCGAAUCCUUCUUCAAGACGAGAGACAAGGAGUACCAGGAAACGAUAGGCCAGAUCGAGCUGGAGCUGGCCACGGCCAAGAGCGACAUGAACCGCCACCUGCACGAGUACAUGGAGAUGUGCAGCAUGAAGCGGGGCCUGGACGUGCAGAUGGAGACCUGCCGCCGCCUCAUCAAAGGCUCCGCCGACAGGAAUUCACCGUCCCCCAGCUCCGUGGCCAGCAGCGACUCAGGAAGUACAGACGAGAUUCAGGACGAGUUUGAGCGGGAGGCAGACGUGGAGCCCAUGGUCAGCUGAUGACUGAGUCCCCGGUGCCUGGUGGUCUUGGUGACGGGGCCUCUGCCCCCCUCCCCACGAAGCCAGGAAGGCUCCUCGGAGUGGGGCCCCAGUCCUCACCACACAGACUUCCUCUGCCCGCCCUUCUCCGGAGGCCCCGAGGGACCGCUGCUUCCUCCCUCCCUCCCUCCCACCCAUCAACCAGUGCCCCUGUCCACCCACCCACCCACCCAAGGAAUGGUGCUCUCAAUUUCUAUUCUCCAUGUUACAAAUGCAGACUUCUGUCCAGAUGAUGCAGUGUUAACCGUGCCUUUUCCCUUAAGCUGAGCCACUUUGAGCUCCAAAGAAUUAUUCCUAGCAGGUGUUUUUAUACAAAACUUGAAGGUGAGGGCGGGGCCCCGAGGGGUAUAGUGUGGUUUUCUACCCUCCCACUGCUCCUCUGAUUGGCCGUGACCUCUGCCCUCCUCUCCUCUGCUGGCCAGUGCUCAGCGAGUCGGGCCUGGGGUGGUCCGCCUCCGCCCGGGACAGAGCUGUUUGCCUCUGCUAACUCCCUUGGGUGGGGACCUCCCAAGGCGUUUUCCACUUAUCAAAAGGGGAAAAGAUGGAAGGAGGGAGGGGAGACACAUUUUUAUUUUCUUUUCGGAUCGAGUGGCGAAGCGGAGGGACAAGGCACUGUGGGGGGAAGGCGGAGCCUCACUGUGUUUAAACCACUAUGCAAAAAACAAAACACACACACACACACAAAAGCAGCUUGCCUUAUACAUUGUGGAAGGCAGGCCCUCUCCCAGACUCCUGAUUUUCCCUUGGAGCUGGGAGGGAGGCCACGCUAGCGCGACGUCUCUCGCGGCCUCUGAAGGGGUGUGUUCAAGGUCAAUAAGGAGGCCUUUGGCUGCCUGUUCGCUUUCUUGGGACCUCUGUGGGUUUGGAGGGCCUUUUACUGCCCUGAUGACUUGAUGUUUUCCCUCUCCUCCCAGCCAACUCUUCGGCGUUCUGGGUCUUUAAUUUCUCUGUGAGAAAGUCUGAAGGGGGCCAGGCCUGCUGUGGCCCUUCCUCCGUGGAGCCCUGUGGGCCCACCUGCCGCCACCUCGGUUCCCCAUGGGCCCCAGCCGCCCACUGUUUGGCCACGGGCCUGCACGGGACAGGGACGAGGGGCAGGCAGUGAGGGCUGCUGGGAGAGCGGAGGUGGCGGGAGCUGGCGCUCGAGUGAGAUCCAUCCUUGCUGGACAGAUGUGAGCUUCUUGCCCCACUUCUCUUGACUGACCAGCUGGGGCGUUAACGGGGCCCGUCUCUCCCCAGCACCUGAGUGGACCAGCGUUGAAGAGCGCUGUGUUCGGGCCGCCCGCCAGAUCUCAGCUUGGAGCCAGCUGACCCGGUUUUGCUUUUUACAAAAACAAACAAACAAAAAAUUCUUUUGUACCCACUCCUGUGGGUCUGAUUGCCGGUUUUUGCUUUUGUUGGCCCGACAGCUCCCCCUGGAGGUCAAAGGAGCACACUGUGCCCCUGGGGCCAGAGCCCCUGACCAUCCACUGCUUCUGUCUAGAGGCGGAGGCGGGGCUCUCGCUCUGAGUAGGUUUUGGUCCCCAGUCCUUCCUCCCCAGGGUACCAGCCACCUUUAAGGGCCUUCUUUCUCCUCUGUUUCCCGCACCUGUUUUGCAGUCUUAAAACCAUUGUACAUAAUAUUCACAGAAUAUAUAUAUAUAUAGAGAGAGAGAGAGAGAGAGAGAAAGUGAGAGAGAAAGAGCGCGUUAGUGACGGUGUGUUGUUUUUAUUUAUCAGCACUUGGCAGCCUCUAGUUUUUUUCCUAAUUUUUCCUUUUUGAUGUCGUUGGGGGAACACGGGACUGUUGCCUGUGGCAGUCUGGCUGGGAGGCUCCUGGGCCCCGAGUCUCUCAGGCACCACACACACAGGCCCUUGGUAGGUACAGGGAGGGCCAGGGGUUUGGGGGGAGAGACAGCCCCUCCCCUCCUCCUUACCGACCCUUGUUCUAAAGGUUACAGGGUUCAGACACACCUGCCUAGUAUUGCUGUUAUUGUUAUUGUCGUUUUAGUUUAGCUUUAUUUUAACCAAAGGUUAUCAGAGCCAGUUGGGCUUGAACCUCAGCUGCUAAAAAGAGUUUCCGUUUCCAGGGGCAGGGCAGGCAAUGGCUGCCUCCCCGCAGCCUCCACCGUCCAGGGCUGUGGGAGGCAUCGAAGGGUGUGGUCUGGUGGAAGCCAGCCCUGGGUUGUUCCUG